AUGCUACAAAAUCGCGCGAUUGCAGAAAUUAGAAUGCGUCCUCUUCAUGUGUUCUAUCCAUUCAAUGGCUUCCUAUCACUAACUGGAAUCCAACAGCCAACUCAUUCGGUACCACCGCCACCAACUAUUUUUCCGAAUCAUUAUACCAACGAGCAGUGGAAUCGUUAUUAUGUGCAUUUAUAUCGACAAAUGAUGCUCGCACACAUUUCGGUUAAUGCGCAGAGGCAGCGAGUGAUCCAUUUUAAUCAACAAAUGACAACGAAAGGAGCAAUAGAAGACAAAAACGGAAAUGCAUUAGUAAUGCCAUGCAACGAUCAUCCGAAAUUCGAUUUCACUCAGCUUGCUAAAAGCAUUGAGAAUGAAAACAAGAUGGCGAAAGUUAUAAAACACACUGACGGAUUAGCACAACGUUGUUUACCAAACACAUCAACUGCAUUCGCCACUUCCACUAAUGACUUUAACAAACCAUGGUUUUUAUUGCCAAAACGUAAUACCGGUAGAGGAACUCGUCCAAAGAAAGAGUUCAUUUGUAAAUUUUGUAAUCGCCAUUUUACCAAAUCAUAUAAUUUAUUAAUACAUGAACGUACGCAUACCGACGAGCGACCAUAUGACUGUGAUAUUUGUGGUAAAGCCUUUCGUCGCCAAGAUCAUCUGCGAGACCACAGAUUUAUUCAUUCGAAGGAUAAACCAUUCAAGUGUGAUAUAUGCCAGAAAGGAUUCUGCCAAUCGCGCACACUUCAAGUUCACCGAAUCUCACAUAACAAUUCAUUAGAUGGAGAACAGAGAAGACCACGAAAAAUUCUGAACAAUGUUAUAAUUCCUCCAUUAGAUAAUAAUGUUCAGGAUGAACAAAAUGGUAUUAUCAGGAAGAAUAUGGUUUUCACCAGUGGUGGUACAAAGUCAUCUCGUCAUACAUCAUCCUAG